AUGCCGACUGCCACGACACGUUCUUCUGACACGCAACCCCGUCUGAAACCAGUUUCUGGCACAAAGGCGCGAAGGCAAGAGAGACAUCUGGGCCAUCGCUAUGGGCGUGUCAGGCGUGAAGGCGACGAGGAUAUCGUUCGUGAAGCUCGUUCAGACGACGAAGAAGAAUCGGAAAGCGUGCACUCUGAUGAAGGAGACUCGAUGUCGCAGUCCAGCGCAGCGUCCUUGCCAGACUCGCAUCAGCGCUCGAGCAGCCGCAGCUUUUUGCGACCGGACCUUUCCAAUGGGAACACAUCUUCUCUCUCUGAUCCAUCCGAACCUGUUCCUUCUACAAGCAAUUCAAACUCGCAAGUGUUCCAACAGUCUGGCCUUGAUUGGUCAGACGUCGCCAACGAGCAUGGGGAAGGUGUCCAUGUUGUCCAAUUUGACAACAUGGGAGACCUAGUCAAAGAAAAUACAGGAAAUGACGAGGACGAAGGGGUCCCGAGAGCCAGUUCGCGUGAUCCCAGGGUCAACAAACGACCAGGCGGGAUGUCAGCACGCCAAGUCUAUCUCAAACGACUGGAGAAUGAUCCCGCAUACAUUCCCCGUGUAGGAGAAUUCUGGGGUCACGAUGAACGUUUGCUCGACAAGGAUUUGCGCAGCCUCAGUGGAUGGUGGAGGGGCAAGUGGACCGCCCGUGGAGGGUUUAGUGGCCGAGGUCGUGGAUCAUUCGGUCCAUCAGGACAUCGUCGUUCACUCACUAUUGAUGCCCAGUCUGGCGGACCUCAGUCUGACCCAGUCGACCAAACCUGGAAACACGAUGGCUACGAGGAGAUGAGCAAAGGCGACGAGACCUCCAAGCUUAAGAACCGUGAGGAGACAUCUCGAGGCAGAGGCAGAGGACGAGGUGUGGCUUCGAGAGGACUGAGUCAUGUUACUCGGCCCAUAAGAUCUCAGUCGUCCGCAUCGCAGGCUCAAGCUACACCUCGCCCUUAUGGACAUGGCCGUUCUUAUUCCCUUUGGGGUCGAUAUGAACACGCAUGGACAAAGCAUGCCGUCACGUUUCUCUUCCAAGACGUCCUCAACAAGCCGAAAAAUGGAGAGGAUGUGGGUAUUCGAGUCAAGCUUCCAGGCCAAUCACGAUAUAAUGUCGUUCGCAUCCCCAAAAUAGACUCGUCUGUCGAUGCGUCAUCACCAAGUCGACCAGCGCAGCCAGCAAGGCACAUUAUUGUCAAGCUUCCCAACCGACCUACCUCUCCAAAGGCAGAAAACUCAUCGCUGCCGGACCUGAAGUUGGAUAUUGGUGAAAAGCAAGAGGUCGAACCGAAUCCAGAAAGCGAUCCUCAGCCCUCUGAGGUGGCACAGGCCAAGGACUCUGUGGAGGAAGCCGAGCGCGAACAGGCUGAUGUCACAGCAUUACAGCCAGGAGAGUCGAUUGAGCAUCGCUCCCCCCCAAAAAUUCAGCUCAUCACGAAUCUUUCGACUACCACGCCAUCGCCGGCGUACUCCUCGCCGUCAUAUGGUCCUGGUUACCAAUAUCCGAUGCCUCGUCCAGCCUAUCCAGGCAUGCAAAUGUCCGAUCCAUCAAUGUGGUUUGACCCUCGCAUGCCAUAUGGAUACCCAACACCACCACCCAUGCCCGGUCACGUUUAUACCCCUCCUCCUGCACCUCCUGUUCAUCAAAUUCAUCAUCACCAUCAUUCUCACUCACUUUCUCAUGCCCACAACUUUCCUCAUGGAGCUUCGAUGGUGACCCCUUAUUAUCAUCCGUCUGUCCCCAUGGACUACUCACAGGCUGCUCCGUUGCCCGAGUACAUUGCUGCUCGCCCACAACCAGAGCGUCAUGCAUCCCGCUCAUAUGCCUAUUCCGUGGACGGGGUGAUGGUCGACCCUCAGACCGGGGCUCCAAUUUUUGCUCCACCCAAAGCAACAAAGGUUGCCAUCCGCAAACCGGAAAACGUUUCCAGCAAUGAGCAAGGCCAAAAGGAGCAAGCUUCUAGUGGAGACAAGCCUGUCGGUAACUCUGAAAAGGCAGAGGUCUCGACGCCGGCACCACAGUACGUUUCUCCACCUGAGGGACCGACUAUUUCAUAUCCCCACGCUGCCACUCCAAACUCGGGAGGACCCACAUUCUGGAAUGGCUUUCCUCCUGCCCAGAGUGGUUACUACUAUCCUCACGGGUAUCCAAUGCAUGGGCAAGUCCCAGAGUAUCCAUUUGCCCAACCUCCUCACUCUGCUCACCCGAUGCAAACGUUCCCUCCGCAUCAUUACGGAGAGUCCCAGGACUAUCAACCUCCAGUCUAUUACUAG